AUCCACGAUGAGUCAUAAAUAAAAUACUUCCAGUACAAGAGCAAUGUGAACUUUUCAUCUUCUAUUCUGGCCAGCCAGCCAGCCCCAUCCAUAUUCUCUCUUUAAUAUAUUCCAUUUUUCUAUUACCACCAUCACCGUCCAAACCGUGUUUUUCAAAUUUCAAUACCUCAAUACUCCAUAAUCCCACCCCAUACAUUACGUUCACAGAUCUCACUCUUCUUAACCGACGACACACUCACAAACAAAAAACUCAAAUCAAAUUAUGCAAUCCAACCCAAAACCACCAUUUCUAUUCUUAUAUCUCAUCCUUUUUUUUUUCUUUCUACCAUGUUUAUCAUCUACCAUCACCCAUCAAUUCAAAGAAGCUCCUGAAUUCUACAAUUCCCCAAAAUGCCCUUCCAUUACCGACACUUCAAAAUCAACAGUAGUCCAAGUAGCAAUGACACUCGACACAACAUAUAUCCGAGGAUCCAUGGCAGCAAUCUUAUCAAUCCUCCAACAUUCAUCAUGUCCACAAAACAUAUUCUUCCACUUCGUUUGUUCAUCAAACGCGUUCAAUCUACGCGCCGCAAUCAUAACCUCCUUCCCCUACCUCAAAUUCCAUCUCUACACCUUUGAUGACACUACGGUCACCGGACUCAUCUCAACCUCCAUUCGUUCAGCUCUUGAUUGUCCUCUCAACUACGCUCGUAGCUACUUACCAAGUCUCUUACCACUUUCCGUUAACCGCGUUGUUUAUCUUGAUUCAGAUCUUAUUCUUGUUGAUGACAUUGCAAAAUUAGCAGAAACACCUUUAGGAGAAAACUCUGUUUUAGCAGCACCUGAAUAUUGUAACGCAAAUUUCAGUUCUUAUUUUACUCCAUCGUUUUGGUCUAAUCCUUCUUUGUCUCUCACUUUUGCGAAUCGAAAGCCUUGUUAUUUCAACACGGGUGUGAUGGUGAUUGAUUUGGAACGAUGGAGAGAAGGGGAUUAUACUGCAAAGAUUGAGGAUUGGAUGGAGUUGCAGAAGAGGAUGAGGAUCUAUGAAUUGGGUUCGUUGCCGCCGUUUUUGCUUGUUUUUGCCGGGAAUAUUGCUCCGGUGGAUCAUAGGUGGAAUCAACAUGGACUUGGUGGUGAUAAUUUUCGUGGUCUUUGUAGAAAUCUUCAUCCCGGUCCUGUGAGUUUGUUGCAUUGGAGUGGGAAAGGUAAACCUUGGGUUAGAUUGGAUGCUAGUAGGCCUUGUCCUUUGGAUGCACUUUGGGCACCCUAUGAUCUGUUACAAACUCCAUUUUCUUUUGAUUCUUGACAAAUCUUCAAUUCACUACCUGUGAUGAAAGGCGUGUUUGAAAGUAACACAUGUGUAAUACAUUCAAUUAUUACCGGUGUCGAUAUCUGAUAUUCAUGUUAAUGACUCAUGGCUUGUGAAUCGGAUUCAUCCAUUUAUACACAUUUUUAUAUUUACAUUUACAUAUACAUGUAGUUAUAUACAAUUUGAGCACUCCUUUGGCGCUUUCCUAUUGGUUAAGAGAAGGUUGAUCUUCUUUUUGGGUAAAUAAUAUUCACACCAAGUUGAAUCAUUGGGGGAAGAAGUGUUAAGGGAGAAAAGUUGGUGAGUAAGAUUUGUGAUUUUUGCAAUGAUAACUAAUUGAUUGUUCUGUUAUUAUUAUUUGCUGUUGAUAAUUGUUCUGUUAUUUGUGUCAAAUAACUCUGCAUAUCAAGAUAUCUCUGUAAGUUGGAUGCUUGAAUUCAUGAUUCAUGAAUUCAUUAUGAUAAUGAGAACGGAGUAAACUUCUGUAUAGACUA